AUGGAUCUGAGUGAUCACAAAUAUAAUGAAUCAUUUACCUAAAUUAAGUUGAAUGUUGGGACACUAACAAAUAUUCUUUAUAAUUAUGAAUUUUUUAAAAGAAUAUCAAGGUUUUUAAGUUUAAAGGAUGUGUUAAAUAUUGGAUAAACUUGUAGUAUUUUAAAUGAAGUGGUUGAGGUUUAAUAUCAUUAAUUUAUAUAUAGAAACAUUAAGAAUUCUUUGGAGAGAUCUAUUAUAAAUUAUUUCUAAAUGAAUAACUAGAAAUGACUUUAGAGUUAAACUACCCAGACAUACUAAGAAGAUAAUAUAUUAGAUAAUCGAACUUUGAUAAUUCUUUAAUAAAUUGGAAGAAUUAACUUAUAAAAAUGAUUUAAACUAAGUAAGUUCGACUUAAAAUUUUAAUAGAUAAACUUUUAAAUUUCCAUUUAUACUAUGUGAUGUUGUGUUUCCUAAACCAAUUUUAACAAGAGAAACUAUAGGAAUCUAUUGUGAAUCUAAUUAUUAAAUCAUGCUAGCUUAACGUUUAGAAUUAGAACAAAAAGGUUUUAAUAAGUUAUUUGACUAUUAAUUUAUUUAGAAUGAAGUAAUUAUAUAAUCUUAUCUAAUUUGUAGUUAAUGAAUGAAUUAAUAUAAAAUAAAUAAUAAAUUUUGGUUGAAAUGUAGGAUAAGUUAUAAAAAAAUGAAAAACUUAAAAGAUAAUUUUUAUAAUAUAGAUGGAGUUUGUAGAAUGAAUCAUUUGAAUUUUAACAAUUUAAUCUUUAAAAUAUAGAUAAAGUUGAAUAAGAUUCUGAAAACAAAAUGGAAUCAAUUAGUGAUGAAUAAAUUAGCAUUUUUAAUUUAAUGGAAGAGUUUUAUACUUCUUUAAAGUGCUAUUUAAAAGGGUUACAGAAGUAUUUUAGUGUAUUUAUAAAUGUUAAUACAAUCAACAGCAUUGAUUUGCUUUGUGAAUAUGUUAUGUAUUGGUAAGCUUAUAGCAACGCCAUUAUGGAUUUAUCAACAUUUAUCUAUCCAUUUGAGAAUAUUAUUAAUGAAUUACAUUCAAAUUUAUUUCCAAAUUAUCCCUAAUAUCCAAAAUUUUCAGUUUGGAGAGUAAUGACUAAGAUGUGGAUAAAAUAUGUAAACUUCAAAUUAAUCAAAAGAUAAUUAGAUAUUAAUAACUCUCAGUUAUUUUAUUACAAUGUUUUAUUCGUCUACUCUCAGCUUAAAGACAAUAAAUGUUCAAAUAAGAAUUUGAUUAAGGGGUCAAUGAUGAUUUUGAAAAUACUCAAUCAUUCUUAAUAACAUAUGAAAUCUAUGAUAAUUUCCUACUUAAAUAAAGAAAUAGUUGCAAAGAUCAAUUUUAAAUUGAUACUACGCAUUUAUUUUAUACUGAAAUUGUAGAUUUAUUAAGAAGUUUCUGUCGAUGCAUCUAAGAUAUAUCUAUUAGUGAGGUCAAUCAUAAUGAUUAACUUAGGUAUCCGUACAUUGGGUAGGUCACAAAGACUGUUGUUAUGAAGAAUUUUAUGAAUAGUUGAGUGAGAAAAUAUAAUAUGAAACUAGUUUAUAUUAUGAUGAAUCCAGAUAAAUUUUUGGAUCUAAUAUCAUUUCAUUUAUAGAAUUUAUUAAAUUUGAUAAGGAGUAAAUUAAUAAAUAAUUAAUCCAUUUAUUAGAUUCUUAUAGUAAAUUAUACCUGAACCUCUUUUAUUCAAAAUUGAGAAUCUUUAGAGAGAACACAUCUAUACUUCCUUAUAUUAUUUUUUAGAAGUUUCUUAUCUUUAGAAAUUUGUAUAAACCAAUAAGGAUUAAAUCAUUUUGGUUUAUAAAAAUUCUAAGCCAAAAUCUCCUAAAUAAGAGCGUAUUUCAAUUACAUCUUCUUUAAAUAAUGAACAUCUUGAAACUUAAGGUGAUUCUAAUUUAAAUGAUGCUCAAAAAUUCUUUAAUUUAUGUUUAGAAAAUAGCAAUUUAGAUUUAGAAGAGCUUUUAAUCAAAGAGAAAAAUAAAAAUCAAUCAGACCUUUUGUUAGAAAUCAUCAAAGUAGCACUUUCUUAAAUGAAUCUUGAUUAAUUAUCAAAUUUUGAUAAUAUAGAUUAAUAUGGAUCUUAAAAAGAUUUAUUUGACUUUAAUAAGACUCCUAAAAUACACAGAGCUUUUUCAAAUACUAAAUGUAAUAAAUCUCUAUUUAUAAUUAAGUGAAUGCAGAACAAACUGAAGUCCCUGAAGAAAUAACUAAGGCAGCAAAAUAAUAUUUAUUAGCUGAUACUCAAUUUUAUAAACUCUAUUAAGUUUUUAUUGAAUAUUCUAAAAACUAUGAUAAAAUACUUAUCUAAGUUAUUAAUAAAGAUAGAGAUGUUGAAUUAAUAAAUGAUGACAGAGAAGUUCCUAGAGUAUGUAUAAUAAAUUUAUAAUAGAUCCUACCUGAAUAUCUUUAAAACUUUUAUUAUGUUUCAAACAACUUGACCUAUUCUGUACUAGAGGAAAACAUUAUUGAAGAUCAAGAAGAUGAAUUUGAAGAUUUAGAUUUACCUUUAAAUCUCUAAAAAAAUUAAUGCAAAUUGAAAUGUAUAUAUAUUAUUAAAUAGAAAAUUCAAUUUAAAUUGAAUACUAUUACUCAGAAGAAGAAGAUUCUAAUAGUUAUAGGGAUGUAGCUUGAUUGA